AUGCAGCCCAUGACCCGAAGCGCUCCCGGCGGACAGGACUCGGCCCCGCCGGUGAGGGGCAGGGCAUCCCCGCGGAGAGCUAGGGUGUCAGUGUCGGCAGCGUGCAGAGAGCGCAGACAUUUAGAGGAAGGAGCCCUGGACGGGCGGGGGGGGGGGUCAGGGAGCAUGCGCGUGCGCACCAGCCCCACGCUGCCCCGUGCUGUGCGGAGGGGGCGGGACAGUGUGCGUGACGUCACGGGAGGGCGUGCCCGGGCCGCGCAGGAACAGCUGGUGCCGGACGAGGGCGUGGGCGGGAGGAGCUCGAGCUGGGUGCGCGGGGUGUGCGGCGGCAAGGGGGGCUCGAGCUGCUGCAGGAUCCGCCGCCGCCGCCGCCGCCGCCGCCUCCGCCGCUACCGCCCGCCUUGCAUCAUGUUCGCGCAGCUCGAGCGAUGCGAACGCGAAUGGCACGAGCUGGAGGAGGAAUUCCAGGAAUUGCAGGAAACCCACAAAGUGUAUAGGCAGAAGCUGGAAGAGCUGACCACGCUCCAAGCGUCCUGUAGUAGCUCCAUCGGCAAGCAGAAGAAGCGGCUGUCAGACCUCAAGGGUAGUCUCCAGAGGUGUAAGCGGCAUGCCAACUGUGAAGAGGCCGACCUCAUUCAGCAGAUGAGUGCCAGCAUCAAGGAAAGGCAGAAUAUCUUCUUUGACAUGGAGGCUUACCUGCCCAAGAAAAACGGGUUAUAUCUCAGUCUGGUCCUGGGCAAUGUCAACGUUACCCUCCUCAGUAACCAGGCCAAGUUCGCUUACAAGGAUGAAUACGAGAAAUUCAAGCUUUACUUGACCAUUAUCUUUCUGCUUGGCGCCAUAGCCUGUAGAUUCUUCCUACAUUACAGAGUAACUGAUGAAGUGUUCAACUUUCUGCUGGUCUGGUACUACUGCACGCUGACCAUCAGGGAGAGCAUCCUCAUCAGCAAUGGCUCCAGAAUUAAAGGCUGGUGGGUGUCUCAUCACUAUGUCUCCACAUUUCUGUCCGGGAUAAUGCUGACCUGGCCAAACGGACUCAUCUAUCAAAAAUUUCGAAAUCAGUUUUUAGCCUUUUCUAUCUUUCAGAGCUGUGUCCAGUUCCUACAAUAUUAUUAUCAGAGUGGAUGCCUCUACAGACUCCGGGCUCUCGGGGAAAGGAACCAUUUGGACCUCACAGUGGAGGGAUUCCAGUCUUGGAUGUGGAGGGGCCUUACUUUUCUCCUGCCGUUCUUGUUUUGUGGUCAUUUCUGGCAACUUUAUAACGCCAUCACGCUGUUUGAGCUCUCUACCCAUGAGGAGUGCAAAGAGUGGCAGGUCUUUGUCUUGGCCAUCACAUUUCUCAUCCUCUUCCUGGGAAAUUUCCUGACCACGCUCAAAGUCGUACAUGCCAAACUCCAGAAGAACAGAGACAAGAUGAAGUUAUGAGCAGCGAUGCCUUCCCUGCCCCGGUGCCCUGCACUCUGACCCAGCUAGGGGCAUACCAGGGGGACCUUGUUGUCUUGGAUACCAUUUCCCAGACAGCUCCUCGCUGGGGCACUGGGCACGGGCCCUGGGACCUCCAUCACACCUAGCUGGAGACUAGAAGAAUGUGAACCCUUCCAUUCAGUAUUAUCCCAGACCUGUGCCCCACCCCAUCUAGAUACCUGGUUCCCUGUUUGUGUCUAUUUAAGACUGGGCCUUCCCCACUCCCCCGGAACCAGAGACCUCUCUUGGCCUCGUAGCUGCCAGCCGACACAGUCCCUUUCUAGGGAUGCUCUCUGAGCCUCAAGCUGGAUGGGAGCUGGGAGAGCAAGUGUUUCAGAUUUCUGUUUGGAGGUGAACUUUGGGCUCUGCCCUGCUGUUUUGGGCACGAGAUGGGAAUGGGCAGUGAAUCCUUCAGUGUCCUAUGGGCCUUUUCCCCCCUCCCUGGGAAUACUGCUAGUCCCCCAGGAUCCUCCCCUCUUCCCUUCUGCCUGCCCCAGUGUGGGUCAUUUACUAAGGUCCUAGAGAACCACUUCAUCUCCCCAUCAUCAUCAUCAUCAUCUCCGGGCCUCUCCUCCCAUCCGUCUCUCCUGGAGCCAAGCCCUCAGUGACUUCUCACUCCCCUGCUUUUCCUUGGGACUUCCUUCCCCUCUCCUUAUACCUCCCGACAUGUUUGUGUUGGAGAGAGAGGGGAUGAAUGUUUACAAGACAAGACACAGACUCCAGUGCGAGUGCCUAGGGUUCUGCUGCUGGAGUCCUGCUGGUUUAAUGGAAAGAAUAUUGGAUCUGGAGACAAAAGGCCCAAGUUCACAUCCUGACUGUCACUUAAUUGAGCGUUGGCCAUCAAUUUCCUCCUCUCUGGGCUUCCAUCUACUCUUUAAACGGAGCUUAGAAAAAGAUCCUUGGGGCAGCUGGGUGGUGCAGUGAGUGGAGCACCGGCCCUUGAGUCAGGAGGAUCUGAGUUCAAAUCCAGCCUUGGACACUUGACACAUUUACUAGCUGUGUGACUUUGGGCAAGUCACUUAACCCCAAUUGCCCUGCCUUCCCCCCUCCAAAAAAAAAAAAAGAUCCUUGAAGUCCCUUCCAGCUAUGAUUCUAAAGCCACCAACUCCCUCUCAAGCCCCUAGUGCCUCUCUGUAGGGUCUUGCAUGCCCACCUCUCACCCUAGACUAGCUGCUUGGGUCUGGUCUCCCAGAACCUGCUGCUUCUGAAGAGUGGAUGGCAAUUCUUGAGUGACACCAGCAGAGGGUGCUGUGAGCCACGGGGUGUGGAUGGGUUGGAAGUUGGGGUGGAUGGAGGGGUGGCUGAACCGCAAACCCCCAACUCUGAAUACGCCCUUCUCGAGGUCAAUGCGGGCACACUCAGGGAAAACUGGACCUGCACUAGAACUCUUAAGAACUCUUCCAGCCAGCCUUAAAGUCCUAGGAAUGCAGGCUACUGGGAGAUGUCACUCAAAAAGUGAAUUUGGGGGAAGGUGGGAGGAGAAAGCCGAGUAGAAUUUGAAUCUGCUGUUUUAGGGGAUCUGGCAUCUUGCUGCCUCCCCUCCUGUGGGUCAUUGAGAAUUGAUUAUUUUUGGAUGGUGGCCACACAUAAGCAACCCCCCUCCUCCCCCCAAGCACCACCGUCUUGAUGGGGUGAGGGUGGAGGGUGGCUUUGACCAGCCAACACCUGCCCGAAUCUCCCCCCAAAUUCUUUCUCCUCCUCCACCUUCCUAGUCUUCAGAUGGCCGCCGCUCCUUCCCAGAUGCUGGGAUGGUUUCCGUUUUUAAUAAAAAUUCUCACUUGUCUGAA